UCGAGGCAUAGCUCUGACACGUAGGGCAGCCACACCAUGUUCUCGACAGGCAAGAAACCCAAGACACCAGGUCGGGGCACCCCUGGGACUCGCGGAGCCCGAUCAAGCAGCAGACUGAGAGAUGCUGAGUUAGCUCUCCCGGAGAAUCUGCACAAUGGCCUGCAGACACAGGCACCACCAAGUACUGUGCGCCAGGAGACUCCCCUCCAACAUCCUCCUGGACACCCUUACGAGAACAGGAGUCACCCUGCCACAGAUGUCAGCUUAAAAGAAAAGUCCGCAGCAGCACAACCCAACGCUUUGCUCUGGCCCCCCGAUCAAGGACAUGCGAUGCUUUCAGAACGCGCCGCGCCGCCCCGGAAGGAAGACAAAGCGGAGGAAGUGCGCAUCGACAUUGUCGGCGACCCAGCCAAGUCGGACGAAAACAUGGCGGAAGAGCGCCCUUUUUCCAGUGGAAGGGAGGAAGCUCAGGAGCAGCCGGCGGAGGGGGACGAGGGACCCGACAGCAAAGCUCAGGUCAAGGUUUUGAAGCACUACAUCGACUUCACAUUGACUGGCGUGCUGGACGGCGUGGUCGACGGCCUUCGCCACGCUGGCGCGUUCGACGAGAGCGGGAGACGGAACGGCUUCGCACGGGCGAGCAGGUCGUUCGUUGACGCACUCGGGAAGAGCUGGACGAACGAGAGUGCCAAUGCGAGCCUGGUUAUACGGGGCUAUCUGGCUGAUAAGCAGCGGCGCCACGCGCGCUUUCUGGAGUUUGUCUCCAGACUGGGGGUGGUAGAUGAGCUGCGAAGCACCAGCGCUCUCACGGCGAUCCUCGAGCAUUCGGAAAAGAUCGCCUCCGCCGUGGCCCUGCGCGAGUUCCAAAACGCUGCGUCCGACUUCGCUCAGCAGUCCGCACCCGGCCCAUUCACACCAUCCGAAACGGACCCCGGACAGGCCACGCUGACGGUCGUAAGGGCGGCGGGGGAGCGCGGCUUGAGGCGACACGUGGCGCUCAGCGGAAGGGACAGCGUGGAGGUGUUCUACACUAGGGUCUCGAGCCUGGAAGACUUCUUCUCGAGCCUGACGUCACACGCCGCCGCCGCCUGCUUCGCUGACGUCAGCCAGGCGCCGCUGCGGCUCCAGGCGGAGCGGGUGUGCGAGCUGAUGGACGCUGCGGGGCGGGUCGUGGAGGCGGCGAGAAAGACCAGAGACGCGCACGCAAGCAGUUUCGAAUCAAUCCCGGGUCUUCCCUGGACCGCUUCUCCCCCAGUUUUGGACGGCCUCUGGACGCUCUGCCGCCUCGCUUCGGACGUCCAAACUAGAGCGGCGUCCUCGAACCCCUCCCUGGUGCCCCUGAUCAAUCAACGGCUGAGAUCGCUCGGGGAGAUGCUGCUGGACGGCCACAGAGAGUCGCUCGAGGCCACGCUGCAAGCCGGGGGGAGGGCUGACGUCAUCGGGGCGCGGAAGGAGUAUGCUGCGCGUCGGGACGUCCUCCUCCGCGCGCAGCUGCACUUCGUCCGUGGCGCGGCGACAGCUGUCCCUGGCGGAGACCAAUCGGGGCCGGGAUCAGAGGUCGAGAGGGCCCGGGCGACCACCCGCGAGUACGCGUACCUUGCGGCGGUCGCCAAAAAGCACGGCUGCUUCGAGGUAUUAGCCGACAUUUGCGAGGACCGGGGGGACGAUGCCCGACUGCUGGACUACAUGAAGGCCGACCCCCCCGCCGCGUCUGAAGGCCGCUUCUCGCUGUUCGUCUUCGAGCGGUGCUUAGCGCAGAGAGAGGAGUCGCGGCUUUUGCGGUUUGGCGACCAAGGGUUUGGGAGGGAGCUCGGGCGCUUCUUGGAGGGGCGGCCGCGGCUACGGUGGCUCCACGAAAUUGGACAGCAGGAGUUCUCGGACGCUGCGGACACUCUGGCGUCGAUCAGCGGCACCGAGGAGCUGCCGUCCGUGUCCGAAGCGCAGCUCCGGCUCCAGCUGUGCGUGGAAAAGCUGGCCAGGCUGGCGGCGCCUAGAACUGCGAAAACGGAGGCACUUUUGGAUACAUUGGACCGGCGAAUAGGGCUUAUCGAUCUGCAGGUGGAACACGGCGUGUCUUCCGGGCGCCCCCUCCCCCCCGCGCAACUCAUUGAAGAGCUUCUAAAAGGCGACCGGGGGGUAGUACCGGCCGCUUUCGAGGCAUUCUCUCUGGCAGGGCCGUCGUUCGUUGCGGAGAACCGGGCACUGGUCGAGAGGGCCUGGCUUAAGGCGGCCAGCUUGGACGAUUGGCUGGCAUUUCAAAAAGCUUACGUCAGCGAGGGAUGGAGUGACGCCAUGUACCUCGAAGAGUUACAGAAGACGGUGCUCUGCUCGGCGGCCGCAAACUUAUACGCUCGGGAUGGAAGCUACUCAAUGACGGAAGUAAUGCCUUUGAGAAGCGGAGAUGGGAACCAGCAGUGGUCGGUACAAGCAAUGCUGUCAAAGCACGCUAGUUUCGCAGCAGCAGCAGAGGUGAUGCUCGAUGCCGUGGCGUUUGGGUCUGGUAGCGAAGGGGGCGGGCUUGAGGGAGGUUCUAGCACGAUGCUUUUGGACUAAUCAACGCAAGUGCACGACGGUCAGCUUGGACGGACAUUGCCUUGAAUAUGAG